GACCACAUCGGGAGACACGGUGGAGCUGGUGGAGGCAUCUCUGGACGUCAAACUGCUGAACAAUGCCGUACGCCUCCGCAUCCAGGGCUGUCCUUUUCUACCGGGCGGCGUGCACCUCUGCGAAGUGCAGAGCCAUUUGGUCGUCCUGCUGAUCACCGGGCAGACGGUGCAUCGCCUGCUCCUGCCGCAUCCCGCCCGCAUGUACCGCAGCGAGCUGAUAACAGAGAGCCAAAUGCAGUCCGUGUUUACAGAUAUAGGCAAAAUCAACUUCAGAGAUCCUUCGAGUUACUACGUGAUUCCCAGCGUGCCGGGCCUGGCGUCUAAUUCUGUCGCCUCAGCAGCGUGGCUAAGCAGUGAGGGGGAGGCUCUCUUUGCUCUGCCCUCUGCUUCGGGAGGGAUCUUCGUCCUUAAGCUGCCUCCUCACGAUGCGCCUGGAACGGUUUCAGUCGUGGAAUUGAAACAGAGCUCAGUGAUGCAGCGUUUCCUUACCGGUUGGAUGCCGACUGCCAUCAGAGGUGACUGUGGCCCAUCGGACCUGCCUAUCAGCCUCUCCGUUCACUGCCUAGAUCACGAUGCCUUUCUCUUUGCUCUCUGCCAGGACCAUAAACUGCGGAUGUGGUCCUAUAAGGAUCAAAUGUGCCUGAUGGUUGCAGAUCUGCUGGAGUUCAUGCCGGUCAGCCGGGACCUGCGGCUUGCAGCUGGGACUGGGCACCGACUGCGACUGGCCUUCUCCCAGUCCCUGGGGCUUUACCUCGGCGUGUACAUGCACGCGCCCAAGCGAGGGCAGUUCUGUGUCUUCCAGCUGGUGAGCACCGAGAGCAACCGCUACAGCCUUGACCACAUAUCCUCCCUGUUCUCCUCGCAGGAGACUCUUGUUGACUUUGCCUUAACCUCGGCUGAGAUCUGGGCGCUGUGGCACAACGAAGAGAACCAAACCGUUGUGAAAUACAUCAACUUUGAGCAAAAUGUCGCGGGCCAGUGGAACCAGGUCUUUGUGCAGCCACUGCCUGAAGAGGAAGUGACGGUUCGGCACGAUCAGGACCCCAGGGAAACCUACCUGGAGUAUCUCUUCAUGCCUGGCCGGUUCACAAAUGCAGCGAUCCAGAAGGCUUUACAGAUCUUUUCUCAGGGAACUGAGAGACACAUGGAUCUGACGUGGGAUGAGUUAAAAAAAGAGGUUACCUUAGCCGUGGAAAGCGAGUUCCAGGGCAGCGUGACAGAAUACGAGUGCUCGCUGGAGGAGUUUUGGCAGCUGCAGGUGGAGUUCUGGUCCAAGUUCUAUGCCUGCUGCCUUCAGUACCAAGAAGCGCUCUCGCGGCCACUGGCCCUGCACUUGAAUCCCUACACCAGCAUGGUGUGCCUGCUGAAGAAGGGCUCUCUGUCUUUCCUGGUGCCCUGCUCCUUGGUGGACCAUCUCUAUCUCCUCUCUAACGAGCACCUCCUGACUGAGGACGACGCUGCCAUCUUUGAGGAUUUGGAGAUGUCUCGUGAUGUUGUCUGUCUUGUCCAGUGCCUUCGACUGAUCGGAGAAUCAAUUUCCAUGGAAAUGGCAUUCAUAAUGGAAAUGGCUUGCUCCCGCCUCCAGCCUCCAGAAAAGGCUGCAGAGCAGAUCCUGGAGGACUUGAUAGCUAAUGACACGGAAAAUGUGAUGGAGGAUAUACACAGCAAACUGCAGGAGAUCAGAAACCCUGUCCAUGCCAUCGGAGUGCUCAUCCGAGAGAUGGACUACGAGACGGACGCUGACAUGGAAAGAGGUGAGAAAGCUCCUACUCAUCAUCUAAAUAUGCGCAUGAACCUCACCCAGCUGUAUGGUAGUGGCACUGCUAUCAGUGUGGUUUGCUGCGGGGUAUGUAAGAUUGCCACGAUCCGUUUCCUGAUCUGUCGGGACCUGUUGAUCCUCCAACAGCUGUUGCUGCGGCUCGGAGAUCCUAUGGUUUUGGGAGGGGGACAGCUGUUCCAGUCUCAGCAGGACCUGCUGCACCGCACCUCUCCCCUGCUGCUGUCUUACUACCUGAUCAGGUGGGCAAGCCAGUGCCUGGCGUCGGAUGUCCCUGUCGACACGCUGGAAUCUAAUCUGCAGCAUCUAUCUGUGUUGGAGUUAGCAGACACCACUGCUCUAACACCCCAUAAACUAGUAUCCAGCCCUCAAACAAUUGUGGAGCUGUUCUUUCAGGAAGUUGCCAGAAAGCACAUCAUAUCUCGACUCUUCUUGCAACCAAACACUUCUUUGGCCGAAACAAGUUUGAACUGGCCCCAGCUCAUUACCGCGAUCGUGUCUGACUUUCUGCCGCUCCUAUGGCCCAGCAAUCCCGGCUUCCUCUUCCCCGAGUGCCUGAUGGGGAGCUGUCAGUACACCCAGCUCCAGGAAUACAUUCGUCUGCUGCAGCCGUGGUGCCACGUGAACAUGGGCUCCUGCUGCUUCAUGAUGGGCCGGUGCUACCUUGUCAUGGGUGAGGGGCACAAGGCUUUGGACUGUUUCUGCCAAGCUGCGUCGGAGGUGGGAAGAGAAGAGUUCUUGGACAGGCUGAUCCAACCUGAGGAGGGUGAGAUGGUCUCCACUCCACGUCUGCAGUACUACAACAAGGUUCUGCGCUUGUUGGACAUGGUGGGUUUACCGGAGCUGGUCAUCCAGCUGGCUACCCUGGCUAUCAUGGAAUCGGCGGAUGACUGGAGAAGCCAGGCUACUUUGAGGACUUGCAUCUUCAAACAUCACUUGGAUUUAGGACACAACAGUGAAGCAUAUGUAGCUUUAACGCAAAACCCGGAUCCAAGCAGGCAGCUGGACUGUCUGCGCCAGCUAGUGGUGGUUCUCUGUGAGCGUUCCCAGCUCCAGGACCUGGUGGAGUUCCCUUACGUCAACCUCCAUAACGAGGUCGUGGGGAUCAUCGAAUCUCACGCUCGAGCGGUGGACUUGAUGACCCACAAUUACUACGAGCUGCUCUACGCUUUCCACAUCUACCGCCACAACUACCGCAAGGCUGGAACGGUGAUGUUUGAAUACGGCAUGCGCCUGGGCCGGGAGGUGCGGACGCUCCGAGGGCUCCAGAAACAGGGAAACUGCUUCCUCGCUGCUAUUAACUGCUUACGGUUGAUCCGCCCAGAGUACGCCUGGAUAGUGCAGCCGGCUUCUGGAGCUGUGUACGAACGCCCUGGAGCAUCCCCCAAGAGAAGCCACGACGGGGAGUGCACGGCUGUUCCCACAACUCGCCAAAUCGAGAUCCUGGAGCUGGAGGAUUUGGAGCGGGAGUGUGUGUUGGCUCGGAUCCGGCUGACUCUGGUGCAGCAUGACCUGUCAACAGCGGCUGUGGCAGGCAACUCUACGCCCGAGGAAACGGUUGCUCUCCUGGUCCGGGCCGGCCUCUUCGACACCGCCAUCACUCUGUGCCAAACGUUUAAGCUGCCCUUGACGCCCAUCUUUGAGGGACUCACUUUCAAGUGCAUCAAGCUGCAGCUGGGAGGGGAGGCGGCGCAGGCAGAGGCUUGGGACUGGCUAGCGGCAAACCAGCUCUCCGCGCUGGUUACCACCAAGGAAUCCAGCGCCACGGAUGAAGCCUGGCGCCUGCUGUCGUCCUAUUUGGAGCGUUACCCGUCCCAGAACAGCCUGUACCAUCGCUGUGUCAUCAACAAGCUCUUGGCACACGGGAUACCUCUGCCCAACUGGCUCAUUAACAGCUACAAGAAAGUGGACGCUGCCGAGCUGCUGCGUCUCUAUCUGAACUACGAUCUGCUGGAGGAGGCUGUGGAUCUGGUCCUGGAGUACGUAGACGCCGUGUUGGGCAAAGGGCACCAGUAUUUUGGAAUCGAGUUCCCGCUCUCCGCCACCGCCCCUAUGGUGUGGCUGCCCUACACCGCCAUCGACCAGCUGCUCCAGGCGCUGCAGGAGAGCACCACCAACCAUCACAACGUCGUGCUCUAUCAGAAGCUGCAUGACAAGAUGGAGGACUACCAGCAAAAGGUCAACGUGGCCACCCGGGAUCGCCUGUACCGCCGCAAUUAG